GCUUGGACUGCUUGAGCGACCCAUUACAGACCAACCUUAUUGACCACAAACGCUACUUUGACCUUCAAGGAAUCCACACCCUCUCAACAUUCAACAACCCUGCUCGGUCUCAUCCCUUUAAAACCAGUCCUCUCUCCGUCCAGUUGUCUACCUCCACCAUACACCACCACCAAUCUUCUGUGGCCUUACGAGUGAUUGUUUUUCAUGUGUUCUUCCUCUACUGCUUCUUGACUUGAAUUUCUGGAUUUCUUUCCCCUUUGUUUCUGUCUUGCUCAUGCUCCAAGAUUCGAGUCCUUCUAGGAAUACAAAUUUUGGGUUUUCAAAUUUCUUUCUUCUAAUGUCUUUUUAGGGUGUUUGUGGAAGAUCAGUUUGUAAUUCUGAAUUGUCAAUGCAAAAAAUUGGGGCUUUGGAGAGCUUAAAAAUGCCAUCUCUUGCAGAAUCAAGGCCUGUUUCAAAUGGGUUUCACUUGAACAAACCAGACCCAAACUCUAGCGUAGUCAAAAUCGACGUGGGUGGUCAGCUCUUUCAAACCACCAAACAAACCCUAACCCUAGCCGGCUCCAAAUCCCUCUUUUCUGGGGUUUCAAGUUCUGAUCAAUAUGUACCAUUCAUUGACAGAGACCCUGAAUUGUUCUCUAUCCUUCUCUCUCUCCUCAGAACUGGUCACCUUCCUUCAAAAGCAAAAGCGUUCGAUCUUCAAGACCUAAUAUUUGAAGCCCAAUUCUAUGGAAUUGAAAGCUUCCUUGUGAAUUCUGUAUCAAACCCAUCUCAUUUCGAAGCUUUUAACAUUGAAAAAUCAUUGAUUUUGCCGUUAACUGGCCGGGACUCGCCCUCGGCGAUCUCAACCACACUGUUGGGGUCAGUUCAUGUUGCCCACGGUUGCAAAAUCACAUCUUUUGAUUGGUCAUUGCAAGGAAAAUCCACCAUUUUAACCCAAUUCACUGCUGUUGAUUCACUAUCAGCCAUAUCGCCGAACAUAGUGGCUGCUGGUGCCAGAGAUUUUUCAGGGUUACAGAUUAUUGAUCUUGACAACGGUUUUGUUAGGGAGACGUUGAACUGGGAGAAUGUGACUAGGUCUAGUUCAACAGUACAGGCAAUUGGAUCAAAUUCUGAGUUUUUGUUCACUAGUUUUGAGUCGGGUCGGAGAAAUUCGAAUUCAAUUUUGGUUUAUGAUCUUCAGGGUAGUUUUCGCCAGGUUACUGAGAUUGGUCAUAAUGAAAUUUUUGGUGCUGAUCUUUGUUCCGCAAUUCCAGCUACAAAAUUGAAUUGGGUUUCGAGUCACAACUUGUUAAUGGCCUCUGGGUCUCAUAGUGGACCAUCUGGAGUAUUGGGGAAUAUAAAAUUUUGGGAUAUAAGGUCUGGAAAUAUAGUUUGGGAACUGAAGGAAAAAGUUGAUUGCUUUUCUGAUGUUGCUGUUUCAGAUAGUCUUUCAGCAAUAUUCAAGGUUGGUUUGAAUUCGGGUGAGUUGUUCUUUGCUGAUUUGAGGAAUAUUGGUGCUGAAAACUCGUGGGUUUGCCUUGGUGAUAAAAGAAAGGUGAUAAAUGGGAAGAAGGAGGGUUUUGGAUGUAAGAUUGAAAGCCAUGGAAGUCAAGUGUUUUGCAGCAAAGGAGGAGAUUUAGAGUUGUGGUCAGAGGUUCUCAUAGGUGCUUCAAGCAAGGUUGAAGGUAGGUUAGAAGAUAGGAUCUUUAGAAAGAGUUUGAUGGGGAGAGCAAAGGAUAUGGGAGGUAACAGGAUAACCCACUUAGGAUUUGGAGGGAACAAAAUGUUCGUGACAAGGAAGGAUCAACAAUUUGUUGAGGUUUGGCAAAGUUCAGUAAGGGGAUUUUGAUCUCAAAUGCUUUUAGUUAGGAUUUGCUAUGUAUAAAGUUAUAUAUCCUGAUAGAACUCAGUUUUACUGUUGAUAGUUUCCUUGACUUUGAUUUAUUUGUAAAUGACUUCAUAUAAAUUGUAUCUGAUCUUGCCCUUUUGCCGAUGUUUUAAGUUACAUGAGAUUAAUGAAGAUCAUGAAUUAUUGUUCUUUCAUAUUUCCCUUUCACUGCAAUUGAUUUUUUUCUUUUUUUGUAACCUAUGAAGUGAGUUUUUAAGAUCAUGAAUUGCUGAUGAUUUUUGCUUUUUGGGAAUGAUAUCCGUAGGGUUUUAUUAGUGUGAGGAUCUUGAAUUACCUGGUACUCGUAUGUAUGAUGACCACAGCCAUACGCAACAAGUGGUGUCUGUUUGCAUACCUUUCUCGGCCUUUUGGCUAAGAUCAAGUAUCUGUAUGCCAUGAGACAGAUAGAGAAAACAUACACAACAAUUCAGAGGAAGAGAUUGCACUGCCUGCAUCAGAAACUUUGUAAAAUAAGACAUUUCAUAGGAUUACCACAAAAAAAUGUUGUAGUUAUAUGAAUUGUCCUUCCAAUUGGAUUAUUUGGUGGUGCCGUAAGACCAUUUAGAAAAUCUUACUUUAUUUCAUAGUGAGUUCAAAUUUUGAUAUAUUGAUAUGAUAGUCGCUUAAUUUGAUGGGUAUUGCCUUGCUAAUUGAGAGACAUAUUGCCUUGCUAAUUGAGUGUCUCUUCGGAGAUUGUGAUUCAUUUGACAGAGUUUGGUGCGGGGAUUCACAUUUUAACUGAUUGAUGAAUGAUGAGAGAAGUCGGGCUUUACCCGUGUAUGUGUUUGUUCAUAUAGGUGGUGUUUAUGUUGAGUUAGGUCAUAAUGCUUCUAGAUCAGCCUCACCUCAAGUGAAAAUAUUGGGUUUUCUGGAACUCCAAUUGGGGUUCUAUUUGGAUUUUCUGCCUGCAAUGCUAAUUGGUGUUCUUUGUGCAGGCCAUAAAUCUUCUAUGUUACUUCUAGGACGAAGCCAAGCCGAUACAUUAAGGGGGCGAAGGGCGCGAGGUAAGUGGGCGCCAUCCCAAUGUUCCUAAGUGUGCAGUAUAUGGACCCUACCCCAAUAAGUCUAGCUCCCUAAUUGAAGUUUUGGCUUAUAGAGAAGCGGCAUAUCAAAUUGGUAUGAUAUAUUCAUAUCAUAGUGUAUGGAACGGGAAAAUUAGGGCCCUCUUUGUUUGGUUUGCGUAUCAAAAAAUAAUUCGAAAAUUGUUUUUGGCC